AUGACUCAAAUCCAAGAAUCACUUGAUGAAGUUAUUUCAAAAUAUUACAAAAAAUCCCCUCUUGAUACCGAGAUCGCUACCGAAUAUCCUGAGUUCAGCCAAACUAUCGUUCUGCACACUCCCGACAUACCGUUCGAGGAUAAGAAGCUGUUAGAAUAUGCAAAGAAAAUCAAAGAAGAAUCAAUCCUCGAAGAUGAAUCAACAACUCAAGAAGGGAAUAAAAAAAAGCGAAAACGUCCUCCAAACUCGUAUUUCUUAUUUAUGGUCGUCUUUAAAGAGUUAGUCAAUAAACUGGUAAUUAACGAGACCCUUGAUGGGAAAGCGAGACAAAAGUUAGGAGCGAUGCUUUGGAACUGUCUCAAAGAGGAAUUCCAAAAACCCUAUAAAAGUGUUGCUAAAGUCGCUCGAGAAGAUUUCCCCCAAAUGACGUACAAGAAGCGUCAAAAGGAUGGACAACUGGAUGUAAGGGAGUACGACCCCAAAUCAAGAAAAAAAUCACCGGCGAAAAAGAGUCGAAGCUCUACUUCACCAUCGGCGAAAAAGAACCAAGGCUGUACGGCUCCAUCUAUUGGCAGCAGCACAAGCUCAACGCCUCCAUUAAUUCCCAGCGGCCCGAACUCAACGCCCCUAUUAAUUCCCAGCAGCACAUCUCCAUCAGUUGCCAGCAACCCAUCUCCAUCAGUUGCCAGCAACGUGAGCUCAAUGUCAAUAUUCGAGAAUGACCCAUUUACAUACUUUGAUGUACUUUCCGGACAAAUCGCAGGCAAUUACCCGGAAUAUGACAAUUGCAAUUUCGCCAAUUUCGCUUUGCAACAACCGAUUGACAUAGGUCAGUUGUCUCAAUAUAUUUCCCCCAUGGAAGCACCGCAAACGUCAAUAAAUAUCGGGUAUCCUCCGGUUCCCAUCAUGAACGCUUACAACUUCGCCGACCUAUCGUGGAUUAUUACAGAUAGUCCUGAUAACGAAUACACUCAGUGUUAG